AUGGGUCAUCGUCUUUCUAAACUCAAAAAAAUUUUAUUUAAACAAACUUCGCAAAAUGUCAUCCAUAGACCAAAUAUAAUCAGAAGGGAAACUGGAAGCGAGAUCUUGGUUGAAGUUCUCCAAAUUUUUCCUUAUCGAGUAAUUGAGGGUCGUAUAUUUCUAGUGGAUAAUGAACGAUAUGUUAUGCCUUGCGAUAUUCCUGAGAAAGAGCGUCUUGUAACACAACAUGAGCUAUAUAAAAGAAUAUGGAAUGAUAAUUUCUCGUCUCCGAUACACGAAAGAUUAAACCAAGGAGGAAUGCGAGUCCUUGAUGUUGGUUGCGGCUCAGGCGCCUGGAUUCUCGAUAUGGCUAAGGAAUAUCCUGCAUCAACAUUUUUGGGUAUUGAUAUAAUGGAAACAUCAUCAGAUAUUAUGCAACAACCUCCAAAUGCUGGGUUUCUUCAAUUCAAUGUAUUAAACGGUUUACCAUUUCCAGAUGAAACGUUUGAUUUCGUAUAUCAACGAUUCUUAUGGGCAGCUUUUACGCCGAACCAAUGGAUACAGUUAAUACAUGAAUUAAUAAGGGUUACAAAAAAGAACGGACGGAUAGAAUUGAUGGAAAUUGAAGCAAAAAUUCACAAUCCCGGUCCAAUUGCUAAAAAAUUUAGCGAUGCUGCACAACAACAUUUGACCUCAAAUGGAAUAGAUCCAAAAAUAUACAGACAAAUCCGAAAUGUUAUAGUGAAUAGCAAUAAAUUCGAAUCAAUAAAGAUCUUUGAAAAGAGAACACCGCUUGGAAACUGGCAGCAAGCAUCACAUGGAAUUAAGUCACUUGAGAAUACCGUAGCAGCAUUAAAAUCUUUGCAAGUCGCAUUUAAAGCGGUGUUGGGUGUUGACGAUCACGAAUAUAAAGCAAAAGGUUUUCCGCCGACUGGUUACGUGGAAGCAAUAUACGAUGGACCUGGAUGUGACGAUCGCUCAGAAUCAUUCAAAGUUGAAAGUUUACUUGCAAAACCGGCAGCUGAAACUGAAAAGAAACAGCGUCUUAAUUGUCAAAGCUCUUGUUGA